AUGGAAUUAGCCCUCGAGGAGGAAGGGAGAACAACAGAGGAGAGGGAAGAGUAUGCACCAGUGCCACCAGAGGAUAGAGGCCCAUGGCUGAACUGGAAGCCAGCUAGAAACAAGUGCAACCUGGAGACCUGGGUAAAGAAGAGUUACUUCAGGCUGAUGGUAGCCAAGGUCAAGGAGGGAAAGGACAGCCUGAACCCAACUGUUCAUGAGGCGCUGGCCAGAAAGGAUAGGAGGUUCUGGGAAGAAGCAAUGUGCAAGGAAUUGGAUGGACUCGAAGCGAUGGGAACAUGGGAAAUGACUGAUCUACUGCAAGAGGGCCUAGACUACACAGAGAUAUUCGUGCCAGUGGCACCCAUCCAGGUGAUAAGGGGAGUGCUGGCCAUCGCAGCUGUACAGGACUGGGAGGUUGAUUCCAUCGAUGUCAAACAGGCUUACCUCAAUUCAAACCUGCAUCAUGAUGUCUACCUAAAGCCACCAGUAGGAACCAGGGUACCUCCAGGAAAGGUAUUGAAACUCAUAAAGGGGCUUUACAUGGGCAACCAACUCAUGGUCAUCACAGCAUAUGUGGAUGACAUGCUGAUCGCAUUGCCUAGCAGAAGGGAGGUUGACCACACUAAAGCCGAGAUCAUGGACAAGUGGGGAACAGAAGACAAUGGACCUGUAAGAGAAUUUCUAGGAAUCAAAAUCACUUGA